AUGCCAGUCACUCUGGUUCUAGGCUCGCAAUGGGGCGACGAAGGCAAGGGCAAGCUCGUCGAUAUUCUCGCUUCUUCCGCCUCCCUCGUAUGCCGUGCCGCUGGUGGGAACAAUGCCGGCCACACCAUCGUCGUCAACGACGUGACCUACGACUUCCACAUCCUCCCUUCCGGCCUCAUUAACCCAUCGUGCAAAAUCAAUCUCAUUGGAACCGGCUGUGUCGUGCAUAUCCCGAGCUUCUUCAAGGAACUCAAGGCGUUAGAAGACAAAGGUUUGCAAGGUGUACGCGAGCGCAUCUUGAUUAGCGACCGGGCGCAUGUCUGCUUCGACCUGCAUGGCGUCGUGGACGGCAUCGCAGAGGACAAGAGCAAGAACAUCGAAGGCGGCAAGGGCAUGAUCGGCACCACUCGCAAGGGUAUCGGGCCUUGCUAUAGCGACAAAGUAGCGCGCCGCGGUGUCACGUUUUGGAUGCUCGUCAAUGAGAAGCAGAGAUGGGAGCGGCGAUUGCGAGACCUCGAGGCCAACUACCGCAAGCUCUAUGGUGAUGCGGCGCUGCGGGGCUACAACGUCGAAGAGGAGAUCAAGAAGCUGAGCGCUUUCCGUUCCGAACUGCAGCGGUAUGUCGUUGACCAGACGCCUCUCCUUGCACAGGCCGUCGGGACCAAGGGCGUGGCGACCGUGAGCUCCAAUGGCCAAGUAGCCGGCCCACCGAACAUCUUGAUCGAAGGCGCCAACGCCUUGCUCCUGGACAUCGACCACGGGACUUAUCCCUACGUCACUUCCAGUAACACCGGUCUCGGCGGCGUCUUCACCGGCCUUGCCGGACUCUCGCCUCAAUCCCUCUCCGCGCCAGGAAGCGACAUCGUGGGCGUCGUCAAAGCGUACACCACGCGCGUGGGCUCCGGACCAUUCCCGACAGAACUCGACGCCGCCAUCUCGUCCGUGGACGCCGAGUACGGCGGACGAUUACAGCGAGUUGGGCGCGAAUUCGGCGUGACGACGGGCCGGAAGCGACGCUGCGGCUGGUUCGAUCUCGUGCUCGUCAAGUACUCUGCCCACAUCAACUGCUAUACCAAACUGAACCUGACGAAGCUUGACGUGCUGGAUGACUUUGAGGAAAUCCGCAUCGCCACGGGCUACAAAGUCGACGGCCAGGUCCUGCCGAGUUUCCCUGCUGACCUCGACGCCAUGGAGCAAUUGGAAAUCGAGUAUAAGACCUUCAAAGGUUGGCAAACGAAGACUACGGGUUGUAAGUCCUUUGAAGACCUGCCGCCCCAGGCCAGGGAGUAUGUUGAUUACAUUGAGCGCGAGGUUGGCGUGCCUGUGAAGUGGAUCGGCACGGGGCCGAGGAGGGAGGAUAUGAUUGUUCGAAUAGAAUCAUGA